UCUCCUCCUCAGCAAGAUGGCUGCAUUGCUGCGCGCACCAGCGGCGUCCUGCUGAAAUGACGCAACCCACAGUUUGCGCUCCCUGAGCUCUCCGGUCCCGUUCCUCCACACUACGCAGAUCCCGCCCGACACAGCCGGAAGACCGACUGGCGAUCCCCCCGUGGACCGAGCGGAUCCGGUUCGUCACAGUGAGAGUGCGAUGAGGAGAGGUUUCAUUGUGUGAGGCCAUGGGCUGCACCUCAGCCAAGCAGGUGUCGGCUGUGCCCAACGAGGAGGAGGGAUGCGGCAAGGCCUACAGCAACGGAGACCUGUUCACCGAUGAAUACAAGAUGAAGGGAGUGGAGGAGGUGAAGUACAUGCGAGGGGAGGAGAACAGGGUGAAUGCAUGCAACCAAGAGAAUCUGGAGAAGAGUAAUGUUCAGUACCGAGGCAAACAGCAGAAAGAAGUCACUGCAACAAACAUCAAGUCCAAUAUUCACACAUCGGAGAGCCAGCAGGAAUUUUUCCGGAUGCUGGAUGAGAAGAUUGAGAAGGGACGAGACUACUGUUCGGAGGAAGAGGAAGACGGGACAUAGCACAGCGGCUCCCACAGACAGCCUCAGUGUGUGUGUGUGUGUGUGUGUGUGUGUGCGCACUUGUGAACUAUAGAACUGAACCAGUGUUUUCCCCAUGUAAAUUUGACGGGACACUGUACAUGAUGAUGUAAGCAUGUGAGGGUUUUGGAACAAAUGGCAAAGAUAGUAUUUUAAAAGCGAGAAAGAGAAUGCACAUAAGGACUUUCCUCAGAGACUGGGGCCCUGGUCUCUUAGGGCCACGCCCCCUCAGGCCCCCUCAGCGGACAGACAGCGGAGGCAGAGCCGUGGAUGGACAGACAGAUGUCACACCGAGCAGAGAAAAGCACGUAAGAGAAUUGUCUCAAGCAUUGAACUCCAGCAGAGGAAAGGAUUAUCAGAAUGUGGGGGUCCAGGAACUUUGUCCUGGUGGGUGUCGGGAGGACUGAGACACGCACGUGGAGAAGAAUGAGCAGAAGAGUGGAAACCUGGAGGAGAAGAUGUGAAGGUGGCAGAGUUACGUAAUAUGAUCCGCGCUAAAGGUUUUUGGCUCGUCUGCCUGCAGCGAGGUUGGUCUGAGGUGGGGUGGGGGGUGGGGGGGGCAAAGAGGAGUAAAUGUGAUAUUUUAAUAAGAGUGUGUGUAGGAGCAAGCUGCUUCAGAAACUCAAAACUCCUCCUGCCUUCAGAAAUCAAGGACUUUAUUUUUUAAAUUUGUAUUUUGCUUUCCAGCUGACUUAAUUUCACUUUGCUGAGUUUUUGUUUGUUUUGUUCAAAUUUUGGCUUCUUCUGUGGUGUGACAUCAUCGCCCCACCGGGAAGACUUCAGAGCUUCUGUGUCUCAGCCCUCCAGGACCCGAACACAGCAACUCCAAGGACAUACACACACACACACACUAUCCUUUUCAUUUCACCAGCAGACGGUCAAUCUCAAGUGUUCUGUGACCAUCCAUAUUUUACACACACUUGGGCACCGCAGCAACAAAUUGGGCUGAGCUGAAGGGGGGGGGGGGGGGUGUGAUUGCCAUGGAGACACAGGCCUGGUCAUAUUUUUUGUUGUCGUUAUCGGAUAUUUCCUGUCAUAUUAUUUUGAAUACUUUUUUCUAUCGAAAAUAAAAAUACAGAUGCUUCA